AAUUCCUCUGCCAUAAUCGUCUUCUUCUUCCUCGUGGAUAUCUCCCAUGGCAGGAUUUACCUUGAAUCUGAAAGCCGCCACAUUAUUUCAAGCCAACCCCGUCGAGGGACGCCGUCACUCCCUCUCCCUUUCAUAUCCCCGCAGCUUUGCUAUUCCAACCAACAGAUCAUCCAAGUCGAUGCUGGCAAUGGCCAGUCUCACCGCUGCACCUUCUGUUCGUUCUCUCUCCGAGACUUUCGACCGCUUGAAAGCAGACGGAAAAGUGGCAUUUAUUCCAUAUAUUACUGCUGGUGAUCCUGAUCUGUCAACAACAGCAGAAGCACUUAAAAUCCUUGAUUCUUGUGGAUCAGACAUUAUAGAAUUAGGUGUUCCAUACUCUGACCCCUUGGCAGAUGGACCAGUUAUACAGGCUGCCACUACUCGUGCUUUGGCUAAAGGAACAAAUCUAGAUUCAAUCAUUUCAAUGCUGAGAGAGGUGAUACCACAAUUAUCAUGUCCAGUUGCAUUGUUUACGUAUUACAACCCCAUACUUAAGCGUGGAAUUGAGAAGUUCAUGGAAACUAUCAGAGACGUUGGUGUACAUGGACUUGUGGUCCCUGAUGUUCCUUUGGAGGAGGCAGAUAUCUUGAGACGGGAAGCUGUCAAGAAUAAUAUUGAAUUGGUCCUUUUGACAACACCUACUACACCAACAGAAAGAAUGAAAGCCAUUGUUGAAGCUUCGGAAGGAUUUGUGUAUCUGGUGAGUACAGUUGGAGUGACUGGAGCUCGUGCCACGGUUAGUGGUCAAGUUCAAAACCUUCUGCAGGAUAUUAAAAAGACAACAAAUAAGCCGGUGGCAGUUGGGUUUGGGAUAUCGACCCCUGAGCAGGUGAAGCAGACGGCUGCAUGGGGUGCAGACGGUGUGAUCGUGGGGAGUGCGAUGGUGAGGCUUCUUGGUGAAGCAAAAUCCCCACAAGAUGGAUUGAAAGCCUUGGAAGAAUUCACCAAAUCACUCAAAGCUCCUCUUCUUUGAUCUAAUCAUCUUAUAUAUAUAUUAUGUACUAAUUAUUAAAUAAGGAAAGAGGGAAAAAAGGACUAUAGUUUUGUUUUUCCCAUGUCUUUAAGUUUCUUGUAAAAACAUUUUCUUUCUUUUCUUUCUCAAUUACAGAAUUUUACAAUUCUCUUUUUUA